AGUAGCCUAAAUAUUUGAAGAAAUUCUUGUUGUCUUUUUUUAUGAGUCAGCAGGAGACCGAUUUUGCGUCUCUAUUCUCCUCUCAGUGUAAGCAGGUGCCUCUAUUCUGGCAGAACACAUUGAGCUCUUCAUUACCCAUUCUAUAUCAUUCUCCAUUUGAUGUCACACUGGGUGACUCAGAGCUGUCAGAGCAGUCGCCCACAACAGCGAGAAGUACUUUCAAGUAAGCACUCUCAAAAUAGCUCAUGCGUUAAUUGUUAAUUGGUGUAGGCUCUUCACCCAAAAUGCAGUUUGGACAGGGUUGGAUUGGGGGUGAGAUGAGGUAGUGGAUCAGCGACAGAGGCAGGGAAUGAAUUAGCGGAAUUCCAAUUCUGUAAAAAAGUAAUUGGAUUAAAGUGGUUCUGGUUAAAAUUGGAGGUAUGGACAGCGGUCCGACACUCGAUCGCAAGUAAACAGCGGUAUCAGAUCUCCUUUACCCUUUUCACUGGAAACAAGGAAACUAGAAACACACAGCCAAUAUGCCAGUUGACCUGAAUGGGUAUUGGAAAAUGACCUCUAAUAACAACUUUGAGGAGUACAUGAAAGCCCUCGAUGUAAAUGUUGCCAUUAGGAAAAUUGCCAACUUGUUGAAGACCGACAAAGACAUCAGUGUUGAUGGUGAUCACAUGGUCAUCAAGACYCUCAGUACCUUUAAGAACUACAACAUGGACUUCCAUGUUGACAAGGAGUUUGAGGAGGAUCUGUCAGGGGUGGAUGACAGAAAAUGCAUGACCACUGUCUCAUGGGAGGGGGACAAGCUGGUGUGUGUUCAGAAGGGAGAGAAGGAGGGCCGAGGCUGGACCCAUUGGGUGGAGGGAGAUAGGCUUUAUUUGGAGCUGAGAGUUUGUGGAGUUGUGUGCAAGCAGGCUUUCCAGAAAACCUAAACCAGCACUGGAACAACAGAACGGCGCACCUGGCCUGAGAGCACAAGACAGACAUGAACAUGACCCGAGCCUGUGACAGAGAACCCCUAUUGUAAUCAUCUGUCUGCCCAUCCAUCCAUUCAUCCUUUCUUCCUUAUUUCCAUCCAUCCUUUUACAUUUAAUUCCAUCAAGACUGUUACCUUGCCCCACUCAAACUAUCCACAACAGGGGUGAUGUAACAAAAAGGAAAACACCUAUUCAUCACUGUACUGUAACUCUGUCUCAGGGCGGGUGCUCAAUUGAUUAACAUGUUAUAUGUGUGUACGCAUUUGCACUGCAGUAGGUGUGGUAGGCUUUGUGAUUAGUGCCUCAAUCUCUGAUGAUGCACCGGACUGAUAACUAGUGGUGAGCUUGACCACUACCAAGGAAGGUUUCAGUGUAAAGUCAACUAAUAUUUGGGCCAUGAGAGAAGCAGUGAAAUUCAUUCAAACACACAAACUUUGGAUGCUACAUUUUAGGAUGCAUAAAGAAAUGAAAAAUCUGUAUAGAAAAGAGUGAAGUAAAGAAUACACAUAAAUGUAGGAAGAUGCAGUGAUCACGUAACCAGGACAACUGGAUCUGAAAAAGACAAGCGGAUUAUUAGUUGGAUUCAUGAAAUUGAAUGUAAAAAAUGUAAUAAAAAAUUCAAAUCACAGUUUGU